AUGAUCUCCGAAUCCAAGGCGCCGUCUCCAUCCGCGGGCACUCCGCCGGACCAGCCGCAUAUUGUCUCUCUCGUGCUUCAAGCCAAGAAGGCACUACAGCAGGGCGAACAGCUAUGCACAAAUGCCCAUUCCCUGUCGUCUGCGUCGGCUCAGAUAGCUGUGGACGUACUCGCUCUCGAUGCGCAAGUACGCUGGAUGUCUGAAGCAGUGUUAGACCAGCUCAAGCUUGCGGCCCAAGUCGCGAAGAACAUUGAGCAGAAACGCUCAGAACUCGAGGGCCAAGUGCAGGAAUGGGACACGCUCCGCAACCAGCGAAGCGACGCGCUGGACGCCGUGCUCGAGUCCCUCGGCACGCAGUCUGUGCCACCCGACUUCCACACCGUCUCCGCCGACUCCUCUCCGUUCGGGAGCCAGAACCCGUCCGAGGACGAGGACGGGGACGAGACGACGCCGUUCGGCCUUCCGCAGUCUAAUUCAAAUCCACGGCAGAGUCCGACGGACACGAUACGGAACCGGUCGCCGCUCGCGCGGAUACAGGAGAAGAAGAGCAGGCGGAUGGACAAGCGACGGUGGAAGACGCUGCGGGACUUUGUGGACGAGCGCGCUAUUGAGGACCUGUUGGAUACCAUAGAGCGGGACAGGCAGGAGCUUGAUGAUAUACUUGCCCAAACCAGCGACUAUCCAGAGUCCCUGGCGACGACUAUUGACAAUAUCAAGAACCUGGUUCCUGCGGAAGUCGUGCUUCCCUCGUUCGACACCAUAUUUGCCUCGCAGGAGGAGACGUCCACGAAGAUGGCAGAACACCUCGAGUCUCUGGCGCAUCACUACGACAACAUGUCGAACGCCAUGCACGACUACGAAGCGGGAGAAGAGUUCCAUGACGAGGACAUGGAGGGCAUGAACAUAGACGCGGAUACAUUACCGGGAAUUGUGAUGCAGCUCGAAGAAGGCGUUCAUUCUAUCGAAGCUUACCGCGACCAGUUACUGGCUGCCAAGGCCGCCGCUCAGGAGCACCUAGACACCCACCGACGCAUACUCACCGAUCUCGACGAGCUCGGGGAUAUCAUGACUGACAUGCUCGAGCGGCAGCAACAUGUCGAGGCGGAGAGCUUGGACCACCUCGCGCACCUACACCUACAGCUGCACCCAAUCGAGGAGCUGCACCACAAAUACACAUCCUACCAAUACGCAUACAACAAGCUCGUGCUCGAGCUCGCGCGCCGGCGGCAGUACCGCGAGGCCGCGCAGCGCGUCGUCGCCAACACCAUCGCCGAGCUCGACGCCAUGGUCGCAGAGGAACGCGUGCUGCGAUCCGACUUCCAGGCGGAGCAUGGGCAGUACAUCCCCGAGGACCUCUGUCUGUGCAUCGAGAACCUGCCGAACAGGUGGACGGUCUCGACGUGGAACGACGAGUCGCUCGAGACGCUGCCUGAAGUCGAGGCCGAGCUGGUCGAACAGGCUAAGCAGCGGACCAGCGGGAUUGGAGUGGGGAUCGGGACCAGCCAGAGUUUGUGAUGCUUCGCUCUCGACCGUGCC